AUGGACAAGAAUAUAUCUGAUUUGAAAGAUCUAUAUAGUGGAAUCUUGGUUGAAUCCACUGUGAAAGAGCGUAAAAUUGACAAGGUAAGGUUCAUGAGGACAAGUCUUUCAAACAAUGAAAGAUUCAAUGAUGAACAAGUUAUUAACAAGGAUAACUCUGUUGGUGAUGAUAGGCCUGGUAGUUUUGAUGAGCAAAAUACUACACAAAAGAGGGAAAAGAGAAAGGGUUUUGAUGAGCAAAAUACUACACAAAAGAGGGAAAAGAGAAAAGGUCUUAAUCUUGCUGCCAUAGUUGAAUGUAUGGAGAUAAUAUACUACAUAGGUUUUUUUUGCCUAUUUAUUUCAAAACUGGCUCUGGUGUGUUUAUUUUCACUAUCAACAUUUUGA